UAUGUUUCAAGAUCAUAUUGUGCAUGAUCAGGAGAUGGACUUCUUGGAUGCACUCAAAGAAGCUCUAAUUGUCCCUUACAAAAACAUCAACAUCAUCAUCUUCUGUUUGUUUUUUUUUACUUCCCUUACUCUGUUUUGUUUCUUGAGUUGAGAUAUGAAUAGAUGGUAAGUAUGAAUUAGAUUAAAUAUUGGAUGCCCUUGGGGAAGAAGUUAGAGUUGACAUAAGGCCCUUAUGCUUCCAACCUCCGCGUUGACUUUUAAUUUUUUUAUUCUAGUUUUUUUGUUUAUUUAUUUAGUUUUUUAAUUGUUAAUGGAGGUUGACUGUUGACAUAAGCUAUUCACUCUAUCUACGGAUCAAACGGAGUGACGUUUGAAGGAGCAAGGGAUUAAUCCGGUGAUUCCAAUCCAAGUACCACAAUGGAAAGGAUGCGUUUCCUUGGCACCUUUGGGAUCAUCAGAGAAGCCGUGCGAGUUGGAAUCAGAAACCCCAGCUUCAUUCCCCUGGCAACAAUCGUCUCGCUUCCUUUAUUUUGCAUCACGCUACUGCAUGAAUGGCUUCUCCAGCAUAUCCUGAUGGAAGCUUCUUUCUCUCCUCAGCUCAGCGAGCUUCCUCCCAACUCCAACGCUGUAACUAGAUUGACUCACAUGAUGUCUGGCACUGGCAGGGUUCUCCUACUGGCUCUCCUUUACUUGAUCCCCAUUCAAUUAUUGAACCUCCUCACUGCAGUCACUACCGUUUAUUCAGCUUCUGCGAUUCAUGCCGGAGCCAGAACACUAGGUUUACAAGAUAUGCUCCGUAAUUCGGUCGCCAAAACCAGGUGGAAAGGCCCUCUUGUUACCUACAUUUAUACCUUCCUCUUGUCCAAUUUGUCCUUGAUGGUGAUAGUGUUUUUCAUCCUAUUGGGCCCCUUACUGGUGUCAGGGAAUGUGCUCUUGCUUCUUGUUUCUAUGAUGGGUGUGAUUAUAGCCUUUGGAAUUUGGUUGGUGUUGAGCGCCUGGUGGAAUAUGGGUGUCGUUAUUUCAAUUUUAGAGGACAAGGGUUGUCUUCAAGCCUUGUCAACCUCACAAUACUUGAGCAAAGGCAAUAGAGUGCGUGGAUUUGUGUUGAUGCUCUUCAAUUUUAUUUGGUUAUAUGGCCUAUCCUUGUCAACCCUUCUUGUAAGAGGGAGUUUUUCCGGUAUGAUUGUACUUGCUUUUGUUCGUACAGGCUUGGGGUGUGUGAGAAAGGUCAUGAAAUGGGUAGUCUGCAUGGUUUACUACCAUGAUUGCAAGAGGCGCUGGAGGGAGAAGGUUGACAUGGAAGAAGGUAGAGAAGAUGAUCUCCUUUGCAAAGAUUUUUCUAAAAGAUAAUCUUAUGUAUUUUUCUUCAAGAUGUUACCUACAAUGAAUAACUUACAAUCUCUUAUUCCACAGUUCUAAGUGAUCUUCUUUAUCUCUCUCAAAUCAAAUCCGAAUUGACAAUAGGGAAGGCUUUUGAAAUUCUGAACAGCCAUCCAUGAUCCAUCCCACCAAUUCAAAUCACUGGCGGAUCAUAAAAGUUGCAGCGUGCCGCAGGAUAGUCCCUUGAAACUGGAUUUUUGAGAAACAUUAGGCACCAUGGG